CUGAUGGCUGUUCCUUGCACCCGUCGCCUUCUCUUAAUUGGACUUUUGCUGGUGCUUGCCGCUGAUAGUGCGUUUGGACGUUUUCUGCCUGCUGCUGUCGAACAACAUAAUCUUCGCUUCAAACGUGGGGCUGAUGACAUCUUUCUGCGUGAUACUAAGGAUUGGAGCAAGUACGGAAUCGCUACGGGUGUCUAUCUAGUUAUCUCCCUUGUGAUCUACGUUGCUACAUUCUGUUGUGCUCUUGAGAAGAAAUGCGCCGCUGCUGCGGUAAUUAUUAUAGAUUGCGAAGAGUCGCCCUAA